AUGACGAAAGGCUCGCGAGGGAAAGAAAGGGGAAAAGAGGAGAAAAAAGGUGACGGUUGGUAUGUAUCUAGGCAAAGCGACGGUGCGAUCGAGUUGUUGGGUUCCAGCGGGGAAUACCAGGACGAGCCUGUUUCUUUCGAAGGCGAGGCAGGACAAAGUCGCGGCGGCGGCGGCUACGACGACGACGGCGACUACGGCGACGACGGCUACGACGACGGCGAUCAGAGAAUACGGCACUCGAAAGGCAGCCUCGACUUUCUCUAUUUCAAAUUCUCCGACAAGGUGGUUCAGCAUCGCGUGACCAAGGCAGAAUUAUCCCUGUGGAUAUGGGGUAGCAAUCAACCGGAAGAAGGGGGGGGGCCGGUGACGAUCACGUUGCAGAGGAUUCUUCGUGGUGGCACUGAGACCGAAGGGCCGUCGUUACGCCCAUCUUUGACCACGAAACAUCCUCGACCGGUCGGCUGCAGGGGUAACUGGGUAACGAUCGAGUUGACAAAAAUGGUUGCCGAAUGGUUUAAGCAUCCUAGGGACAAUCUCGGAGUAGCUCUAAACGUCUCCGGUCCCGCCGGUCCCGCCGGUCUCGCCGCUCAUUGCAAAAAUUCGAAAUUGGUCGAGACUAAUCCCGGAGCCGAGUACGCGCCGUACCUCGAGGUACAGACGCAAGAACUCGAUUCUAGAAGGGGCGCAAGGAUCAAGAGAAACGUAGGACUCAAUUGUGAUGAAACCAGCCAGGAGACCAGGUGUUGUCGAUACAAACUCACCGUCGACUUUGAGAAGUUUGGCUGGGAUUGGAUAAUCGCGCCGAAAAAGUACGACGCCAAUUACUGUUCGGGCGACUGCCCCAUGGCUUUUCUGCCAACGUACCCCAACACUCACAUCGUCAGCCUGGCGGAACCUCCCAAGAACUCUGGUCCAUGUUGCGCCCCGAGGAAACUCUCCGAGAUCACGAUGCUCUACUUUGACAACGAGUAUCAAAUCGUGUUCUCGCGAUUACCAGGCAUGGUCGUCGAGAGAUGUGGAUGCUCAUAAUCCACCUUACAGCUCGACGGAACUGCAAUGAUUAC